UGGUCUAUCACAAAUCCUGCACUCUGAUUUGCUGAGCUACUAGUGGUCUAAAAGCAGUGGCGGAUCCAGGAUUUUUCAAAGCGGGGUACAGACCUAGACUACGCAUGCGUGCAUUUCGACACAGGAAGUCCUUGCAGUUGGUCGGGGAAUGGCGAUGGCUCGAUCUGUUUGGAAUACUUGAGCUUCGCAAAUUACCAGUACGACGCCACAAACAAGCCAUAACAACAACAGUAACAACAAAGUAGUAGCGAAGAGUACUGGUUUUGAAAACCAAAGCAACGCAAAACCUAGAAAAAUGUCGCCACCCACUGCUAAAUCGAGCUUUCCAUACGUUACUACCGUGAUAUCCAUUUUCGUUAUCCUGCUUCCAGCUGCUGAAGCCAAGACACAAAGCUCACAAUGCUAUUUCGGUGGUUACAAGCCUGGUGGAAAUCUUCCUAAAAUAAUGAAGAUAUACGCAGUACCACCUGCCAAAUUUGAAACGAGUGUCCUUGAUACUGCGCUUGACUAUUGGAGGUGUGACGGCUGCUACACUGGGCGUCAUCGAUGCUGUAGCUGUAACACUUAAGGGAUCGCCCCAGGUUUCUGCAGCUUUGGGUAUUAUGGCUGUUGGUUCUGGGUAUGUUUCUAGUAGUCCUAGCCCUACUGACGUCCUGGACAAGGCUUUCAAAUCAGUAGAACUUCUGACUGAAGAGGUGAAUGAAAGAAUGAGUCAGUUGCAAGACUACAUCGAUGUACAAACUUUGCAACUUGAGAGACUGAUCAUGACCAGAAAUUACAAAGAACUAUUUGAUAAAUGGUCUAGAUGCGCAAAUCAUCGACCAGGACGAGACCCAAAUCAAUGUCAAGAAGAUGCAGAGGAAGACAUCGUAAGUGCUCGUUUCCAUUUUCAGCCCUUACAAGAACUCUUAGAAGAGAAACAGUCAAGUGGCAAGCAAAAGUACGACCCACAUUUUUAUUUCAGAUAUAUUGCUACCUGGCAGUGGAUGAAAGAGUACGAAGGUAAAGGUUAUUUCUGGGCUCCCACUUACGAUGAGGUGAAGAAGCUUGAAAUUGGACUCAUCCCAUUCCGUGACUAUGCUACUCUGCAUCUUGUAGCCUUAGAGGCACUUGCCAACAGUUACAAAGAUAAAGUUGGAGAUGAAUCUUGUGAAAUCUACAAGCAUACCUUAGCCCUGAUCGCUCAAAACUCAGAUUAUUACGUUCGUUUCGUCAAAUGGGCCUUUGAAUGGAUCUACAUCCGACAAUACGAAGAAAACAUGUAUUUUGGAGUAAAGGGAAGGGCAGGUGGAGGAUCUGAUUCAGGAGAACGCAAUGGAUUUUUGUCAACCACAAAAUGUACAGGAGGCAAGUGUACCAUCGAGUGUAGCCAGUUGAUGAAAGAUAAUCUUUGUACCGUGCAAAGCAAACAUAAAUAUGAUGCAAUGACAAUGGCAGAUCUCUGUGAUGAUUAUUGACUCAGUUCUGGACCGAAAAUGUUCUACGAGUAGCGGAACGUUGGGAGAAGUAUGGAAAAGACGCUAAGAAAAAACUUGCUGCAAAAAAAUGCAAGUGCCAACACAGACAUAGACACAUACAUGUAUCUAGAUUGUCUUAAGUCAUAUUCUAUGAUAAGAGUAAGAGGGAUGUGACGUUAACAGCUAUUUUGAGCGAACCAUUGAAAUUUCAUGUGAUUUGAUAAUAUGCUUUCAGGAGGUCUUAAAUUGCUAUAUAUUUUUUCAAUAAAGCCUCUAAGAACGUGUUUGAUACUAGAGAAACAUUUUGUUACUGGCAUGAAAUCGUGUUAUUCAGGGGUUUUGAACCGUUUGAAAAUUUGCCUCUCACUCGCUAUGUAUAUGUUAUGGAAAGGAGUACAACUACGCCUUCAAAAUUUCAGAUGAUCGGGCAAAAUCUUUUGAAGGUUUGGUUUGGCCAUCUAAGAUGAAAAAAUCAAGUCUUUGAGAAGAGCAUUAUUGAUCUCAAUCGAAUUAAAUAUUGUUAUGUUCCUAUACAUGCAUAAGGAAUGAAUGGAGGUCAUUCCUACGAAAAGGAAACAUAUUUACGUGAAGCAUGAUGGGUGGCGUAGCUGUGAGAGCGUUCGCUUCUAACCAAGAC